AGUGUUCCAUCAUGGGAUCUCAUCUAGCAUUCCUAACAGUUUACCCUCUCUGGUGAGAGUUGAAUUACUUGGCAAUCAAUCCGGCCUCCCUGAGCCCGGCCUUUCACCAGGCCAGCCAAAAAUUGAAUUCCAGGGAACACCCAAUUUUCAUCCUCAUUCACUUCCAGAGUAUCAGGAUGGUUUAACUAAUCGUGCUUCUUGUAAUUCCCCGGGCAUGGCUGCAAAUAUUAGUGCCAGUCCAUCUGAAAGAAUUGAGAAUCGCCAGUUCUGUAGAGUAAGCUCAAAUGGGCAUCCACUUGAACUGAAUGAUGCUGUUUUUGGUUCCUCUAGAAAUGGGAGCUGUUCACCUGGACAUCAUUAUAUUUGGAGUAAUUCAAAUAAUCCCCCUCAGCCUCAAGGCAUGAUGUGGCCCAAUGGGGUUUGCACUACUCAUCCCCCUCCACGGUUGCAUGCAUUUCCCAGAGCACCGUCUCAUAUGAUGAACACACUUUUACCCAUGAAUAACCACCAUGUUGGAUCAGCACCGUCUGUGAAUCCUUCUCUCUGGGAAAGACGACACACCUAUUCUGGGGAAUCCCCCGAUGCUUCUGGCUUUCAUCGUGGUUCUCUUGGGAAUAUGAGAAUUUCUGGUAACUCACUACAUCAUUUGGAAUUUAUCCCCCAAAACAUGUUUCCUAGUGUUGGUGGAAAUUGCAUGGACCUUCCGAUUCCCUCCCAAAAUGUUGGUCUGCACUCCCCUCAUCAGGGGUGCCUGAUGUUUCCUGGCGGAGGCCAAAUGAUUCCUAUGAUGAGUCCAUUCGAUUCUCCUAAUGAACGGGCUAGAAGCCAUAGAAAUGAAGGCAAUUCCAAUCAGGCUGACAACAAGAAACAGUUUGAACUUGACAUUGACCGCAUAAUGCGAGGGGAAGACAACCGGACAACACUUAUGAUAAAGAACAUUCCUAACAAGUAUGCAAUACUUUACUGACCAUAAAAUCUUUGAAAUUAAUUAUUUGUCAAAAUUUAAGAUGCAAAUCGAUACUCCAUCAAAAUUGAAGUCAAUAUUUCUUUCGAAGAUGUUCCAAAGUUUUGUCAUGGUUGAAAGUCGGUCGUAGUUAUUGCUCUAUCCCCAUACCCUUUUUGCUACGAAAUACCAAUCCACACAUA